ACACUGUUCCUAUUCACAGGAGGACAGCGGAUAUGUGGUGUAUGAAAACCGAAUGACCUCCUCGUAUGAAGUGGGGAUUGGACCAUAUGGUUCUAUCACAAGGGACAGUCAUUUUGAGUAGGUGAUCCAUGUCUUGGUGUGACCAUUAAUCCCUGAUAAAUGCUACAAGCUCGCUGUGUGUCGUCCAGGUUUCUCUUCCAGUGUAGAUAUUCGGGAACUUCUGUGGAAGCUCUGGUUGUGGAGGUCAACUCUGUUCCUCCACCUCCACCAGUAGCUGCUCCUGGACCUCUCAGGGUGGAGCUCAGACUGGCCAAUGGCCAAUGCGUCACCAAAGGCUGUGCUGAAGGGGAUGAGGCCUACACGUCCUAUUACAGUGACUCUGAUUAUCCCAUCACAAAAGUCCUGCGAGAGCCUGUGUAUGUUGAGGUGCACAUUAUGGAGAGGACCGACCCCAACAUUGUCCUGACGCUGGGACGUUGUUGGACGACUUCAACCCCCAGUCCACUCAGUCUCCCCCAGUGGGACCUUCUGAUCGACGGGUGAGUGUACAGCCAAUCUUUAUCCAGUUAG